AUUUCUCUUUGCCGACAUAUACCCACCACCGUUUAACGCGGUUGAAUUUUCCUGCAAAGCCGUUAUGUGUGGAUCAAAUGGGUCGUUGAAAGCAAGACUGGCCAAGCAUAAAUGCACUUUUAUUGCGCUGUUGAUAAUGAAAAUUGAAUGUUCCUCAUCUGUUAUAUCUCUCAUGUCAAAACACAGAUUCUUGGGUUCUUUUUGUUUUUCUGUUUUGUUUUCUCAGUGUAGUUCUUACUCCAAUAAAGAAUGUUAGAUCACAAAUGCUACAUAAAGAUCGGUGAUGCAUUUUAAAUUUUAACUUUGUUUUCUAUUUUGGGUUUUUUAAAUGGUGUGAUGGCAAUGAAUAUAUGAGGGGCUUUUCGUUUUUUCUCUUCUCUUCUCUUCUCUUCCCUUUGGAGUAUAUUUGUGGGUAAGUUCUGGGAACAAUUUCUGGGAUCUGAAAAUUGUUAAAGAUGGGUAUAGUGAGCACUGUAAUGGGUUUCUUUGGAUUUGGAAUAGGAAUUACAAUUGGGCUUGUGAUUGGGUAUUACCUGUUCAUCUACUUCCAACCAACUGACGUCGAGGAUCCGAUUAUCCAUCCUUUAGUUGAACAAGAUGCUGAAACUGUGCAACGAUUGCUUCCAGAAAUACCUCUAUGGGUGAAAAAUCCAGACUAUGAUCGUGUUGAUUGGCUUAACAAAUUCAUUGAAAAUAUGUGGCCUUAUUUGGACAAGGCAAUUUGCAAGACUGCGAAGACCAUAGCGAAGCCCAUUAUAGCUGAACAAAUUCCAAAAUACAAAAUUGAGUCAAUUGAGUUUGAAGCGCUCACCUUGGGCUGCCUCCCACCUACUUUUCAAGGAAUGAAAGUCUAUACAACUGAGGAGAAGGAGUUGAUCAUGGAACCAGUGUUGAGGUGGGCCGGUAAUCCUAACAUCAUUGUAGCAGUCAAGGCAUUUGGGUUGAAAGCCACUGUACAGGUGGUUGAUUUGCAAGUAUUUGGUUGUCCGCGCAUCACCUUGAAGCCCCUGGUUCCAAGCUUCCCUUGUUUUGCCAAAAUAUUAGUUUCUCUCAUGGAGAGGCCUCAUGUUGACUUUGGACUAAAACUGCUAGGGGCAGAUGCUAUGUCCAUUCCUGGCCUAUAUAGAUUUGUCCAGGAGCUUAUCAAAGAUCAAGUUGCAAACAUGUAUCUAUGGCCAAAGGUGCUUGAGGUCCCAAUUAUGGAUCCUGCAAAAGCCAUGAAGAGACCUGUUGGGAUUCUGAGUGUGAAGGUUCUUAGGGCAAUAAAGCUCAAAAAGAAAGAUCUUUUGGGGGCUUCAGACCCUUACGUGAAACUUAAACUUACUGAGGACAAACUUCUGUCAAAGAAAACAACUGUGAAACGCAAAAACUUGAACCCAGAAUGGAAUGAGGAAUUUAAUUUUGUUGUUAAGGAUCCAGAAUCUCAAGCUUUAGAAGCUGUAGUGUAUGACUGGGAACACGUGGGCAAGCAUGAUAAGAUGGGCCUAAAUGCCAUACCACUGAAAGAACUCACUCCUGAUGAGCCGAAAGUUAUGACUCUCGAUCUUCUGAAAACCAUGGACCCAAAUGAUGUUCAAAAUGAGAAGUCACGUGGGCAGCUUGUUAUUGAAGCGAUAUACAAACCUUUCGCGGAUGAUGAGAUUCCAAAAGAUGCUGAAGAUUCAAAUGCGAUACAAAAGGCUCCUGAAGGAACACCUGAGGGUGGUGGUUUGCUAGUAGUCAUUGUCCAUGAAGCUCAAGAUCUGGAAGGAAAGCACCACACAAAUCCAUCUGUGCGUCUACUUUUCAGGGGGGAGGAGAGAAAAACUAAGUCUGUGAAGAAAAAUAGGGAUCCAAGAUGGGCAGAGGAGUUUCAGUUCAUGCUGGAGGAGCCACCCACUAAUGACAGGCUUCAUGUGGAAGUUGUUAGCAUUUCAUCAAGGAUGGGUCUACUGCAUCCCAAGGAAAUUCUGGGUUAUGUUGAUAUAAAUCUCUCAGAUGUUGUUAGCAACAAAAGGAUCAAUGAGAGAUUCCACCUCAUCGACUCGAAGAAUGGACGGAUUCAGAUUGAGCUGCAAUGGAGAACUGCAUCUUGAGGAUGGAUACUGCACUACUGCUGUCCUGGUAACUAUUGUUUUUGUUAAUAAUUUCCUGUUGAAGGCAUUCCACCGAGUUUUUUUCAGUUUCCUACAUAAAUCCUGUAGUUUUCUAUGUAUUCAUGGUAGAUUUUAUAUGCAAUCAGACUCGACCUACCAGUAAGUAACUCAAAAAAGAAAAUUGAAGUUAUUUCUGUAUAUUGUUGGACUGUCCUUUUAGUUGUACAUAUUGCAAGCACUAUAAAAAUAAAAUAAAAUUGCUAUUUACGUCUUUUUGAACUUUUGUUCCUCUCACCACCGGAAUUAGUGGUCUAGUGGUAAA